UCCAUCCACUUCAAUUUUCGUAAAGAAACUUCAAGAAGAUCCUUUUUCUUUUCUUUUUUUAUUUUGUAUAAAAAAUAAUAACAAUAAAAGUAAAGGGGAUAAUGCAUCGUCAUUAUUGGUCAUGUAAGAGAAUGUUCUAGCGUUGCACCUAAAUGAAGGUCGUAGAACAUCACCGCAAAACAGUACUAUAUCGCAAUGCAUAUUUUAAUCACAAAGAACACCCAAGAAAGUUCAAGAUACAAUCCCAAUUCCCCUAUAAAUACAUGCAUAACUCUAAAACAGUUUCACCACUCAAUCACUCACUCAAACUUGAUCAAACACUUUCAUAUAGUCGAUCUCAAUUAACAUUCUUGUAGCACAAACGACAUGUCUUCCAUCAUAACCGGUUUGUUCAACAACACUUACCCUUUCAUUUCUAUGGUUAAUAUGUGCCCAGUUUUGAGUACACCAGUAGACUGGAAAGAGACCCCGGAAGCCCAUGUUUUCAUGGUUGAGCUUCCGGGGCUCAAGAAGGAGGAUGUGAAGGUGGGUGUGGAUGAUGGGGUGUUGCAGAUAAGUGGAGAGAGGAAUGUGGGUGAGGAGGAUGAGAAGAAUGGUAAGUGGCACCGUGUUGAGCGGUUUCGGGGUAAGUUUUGCAGGAGGCUUAAACUGCCUGAGAAUGCGAAAGCCGAUGAAGUCAAGGCAUCAAUGGAGAAUGGUGUGUUGAUUGUGAGUGUUGCUAAACAAGAGGUGAAGAAACCAGAAAAGAAGGUGAUUGAGAUUGAAGAAAUCAAGGGUUGAGUCCCAAUAAUGAGAGAAUUAUGUUUAAAAUAAAAGUUUGUAUUGUCAAAUAAGAAGCUAGGGUGUGUGUUUUUUUUGAAAUCUUUUAUUGUCAUUGUUAUGUGUGUCAUGGUAUAUAUUUUCAUGUAAGGUUAAUAAACAAAAUUUAUCACUUUCUUUCA